GUGCUCAGCCAGCGCCGCUCCGCCUGGGCGAGAAGCGAAACUUCUGUUAUGGGACGGCAGGCGGAUCACCAUUUCUCAUCGGUACAGUCAAUAGGGAGGGAUCUCUGCCGUUUGGCCCACAUUGUAGACAUUGAGAGUAAUGGAGAUGCAGUCAAUAACGUCCGAGGAUCCUUAAUGCUUCUAAGCAUCUCUGGGAGUCUCGUUAUUUUCAGCUGGAUCAGGCGCCUGGACCCGCAGCCUGAGGGGCGGCCGCUAUGUGGAGCUGCGCGUUUGCCAACGGCACAGACGGCGCAGCGGACACACAGCUCUGCCAGCGGCUGGGCCUCUCCUUGUCUGUCUUUUCCUUCACCUACCUUUUCGUUUUCUUCCCUGUGGGAUUCUGCUACAACGCGCUGGUGGUGGCCGUGAACCUCUCCAACAAGGCCUCGAUGACCAUGCCCGACGUCUACUUCGUCAACAUGGCCAUGGCCAGCCUGGUCCUGGGUUUGGUGGGGCCCAUGCAGCUCCUGGGACCCGAGUUCUCCCGCUCGCCCCUGUGGCGCUACAGCGACGAGGUUCACGUCACGCUGAUCAUCCUCUUCAACGUCUCGUCUCUGGUGAUCAUGUACUCCGCCACUCUGCUCAGCCUGGACUGUUACAUCGAGCGCGUCCUGCCGCGCACCUACAUGUCCAGCGUCUACAACACCAAGCACGUGUGUGGCUUCCUCUGGGGCGGCGCUGUCCUCACCAGCUUCUCCUCCCUGCUUUUUUACGUCUGCAACCACGUCUCCACUAAGAUCGUCGAGUGCUCGAAAAUGCAGAACAAGGAGGUGGCCGACACCAUAAUGCUGCUGAUCGGUUACGUCGUUCCGGCCGCCGCCACCUCCUAUGCUCUAGUCCUCAUCCUUCGCAUCCGUAAACAGCCCACACAUCUGGACCAGGAUCUGGGGAGGCUGGAUCCCUCUGUAUACCGGUUGCUCCUCGCUGCCGUGUCGAUGCAGUUUAUCCUGUGGACGCCCUACUACAUAAUCUUGCUGGUCCACACUAUCUCCAGGGUGCAGGGGACCUAUGUCACCAGGCCAGUGGUAGCUUUCAACUUCCUCAGAGGUCUGUCUGUGCUGCUGGCUUUCUCCAGCAGCUUUGCCACACCGUUACUUUACAGGCAGAUGAGCAGGACCUUUUCACUCAAGCUUCAGAGGCUCCUCCGGAAACUGCAGUGUGGAGAGCGCACAUGUACCCACGAACCCCCGGGGCUGCAGCAGGUGGUCUUGUGAGCAACAAGCACGCCCUGUGUCACCCCUCCCUGUUACCAUGGCGAUUCUACUCCGGCAUGCACGGUGAAAACAUGGACCUGAGGCUGUUACAUUUUAUUAAAGGAGCCCCCCCCACGCCCCACCCGGGUUUUAAUGAGGGGUGCUGCUUGCUGUUUGGGAACACUGGCUCUUCUUAUGAAGUUAACAUUAAUUUAAUUAACAAUUAUUAUAUUUCAUAUUUUUUAUUUCUUUGUUUUUGUCUUGAGAUGUUAGUCCAAUAUUAAACCACAGAGUUCUCUCUGUGGUCCUCAAAGCCACUGGCAAGAAAAAUAAAUACAAUUUUUGCACACAGAUUUUUCAAGUACACAAUGUAUAUUACAUUAUGCAUAUUACUGUAAAACUAACGCUGCAGUUUCCAUUUAAGGGCAUUACAUAAAACAUGAUCAAAUUAUGAUUGUGUUAUUAAAUUAUUAUAGUGUUGUGUUAAGCGGGAAUGCCGUAGAUUCCUGGCGGGGGGAGCACUGUGCCUGUCUUUUAUUGGAGGCUGGGGGUCACAGUUGUCAUAAUAAUAUUUGUUUGUGUUCCUUAUAGACCGUUACUGGAGAGUGCGAGUGUGCGGUGUGUUUGUUUAGAGCGAGCCCUGAACGGCGUCACUAUGCACGGCCGGGAAGGCGGGCCUGCUAGAUACAGGCCUGUCUCCAGCUAAAAGAUUCACAGCCACACCAGUAAAAUGGGUCUUCCCAGUAUCACGAUGCAAACCCUGCAGAGAGUGUUCAGUUCUCUGUAUCCGGCUCAGAAUGAUCUGUGAAGCCUGGAAGCCGCACAGCAAACUGAUACCAGGCUCCAGGUGCUGAGGAAGCGCCCUGCUUUGGACACUAAGGGAAUCGAUCACCUGCCAUAGCUGAAUGUAGGCCAGCCAGUGCAUAAAAACCCACAUAAAACAGCAGACAUGUAUAAACACACAUUUUUUUAAUCGUUUGAGUUUUAUUGAGAGCUUGCAGGAAGGGUCUUGUUAAUCGUUGUUUCAAGUAAGAUCAAAGUCCAUUUGAUUACAGCCCCACAUAUAUGCUGACAUUGGGUUUCAGAUAUUACAGCCCUACGCUUUGACAUUUGAACAUGUCUGUGCAGGGGUGCGUUCAGUGGCGGGUGAAAAGGAACGGAAUUAUGAACGAGACUCCAGCAUGUUGAUGUCAGCUUUAGUCAGGAUCCACAUGAAAGACUGGGAAGGUUAACUGUACGGUAGCAGUAAGCAUCAAUUACAACGAGAGCCUGAUUUUAAACUAUUUUAAUAUUGCUUAAAUGUUAUAUUUAAUUUAAUACAGGUAUAUUGACAUUUUCAAAGGUUAUUUUAAGAUGUAAACAGUUUUAUGUAUGAACUUAUGUAUGUCUGUGCUUAAAUUAUAUAUAGUGUAUUUUGAGAUAAAUAUACAGUAUUGUUUUCAGAGAUAUAUUUAGAUACAUAACCUAAAUUACAUAUGCUGAGUCAAAGACUGAUCAACCAAUAAAACAGCAAUAUUAUUCCA